AAAUAUUAAUAUUUAUUUGUAUCCGUCGUUUGCUUUCAGCAUUGCAAAGGAAAAUGUGAUUUUGUUUAUCAACCGUUUCUACAAAAGAUGAAAGUCCUUUACCAAUGCUUAAUCUUGAUCUCUGUAGCAACAACAGAGAUUGCAGAAUCAAAAUGUGUCACAACAGACGAAAGGAACCUAGAGUGCCAGUUCCCAAAAGCUGACAAUAGCACACACAAAACUUUUACGCUCAUUUUUUAUCCUGACAGUGGAGGUGAAGAGCUCCUGGUUGAGUGUGUGUGGACUGGGUCGAAGUUUCACUGCAUCACACAGAAAAGCUUCGAGGUUAGAGAACCGAUAUCAGACACUGCUGUGAUCACCAUUCCCAGAAACUUUUCUGACCAAAAAGGAAGUUAUCGAUGUAUUUCUGAAAAUUAUACGCUUGACAGCAUCAUGCCCUGCUGGUUUCCGGAAACACAAGAUUCCAAGCAUUUUGCAACCUGUGAGGUGAAUUCAGAAUUCAGCAUACGUCAAGUGAUGUUGAAAUGUAUAUUCUCGUCUAGUAUUGAAGGUUUCAGUGUCAUCUACAACAACACUCUUGUAGCCAGAUACACACAAUCAUCUUGCCAAAAUUCAACUCCUUGUCACCAUAUACGUGAGGACAACAAAUAUGUAUUCAUAGUGAAGUUGAAUACUUCACAGUAUGAAAACAGCGAAUAUCUUUGUCUCCCGGACAAUGGUCCAGUUACAUUUGAAGUGAAAGGAUGUAGUGUGGCUAUGGAAAAACACACAGAAGCUCAAGCCUCAUGGAAAGUAAAUCUGACAAUAAUACUACCUAUUAUCGGUGUGAUGCUUCUAGUGUUGGGUCUCUCGCUAUUUAUCCGAAGAAAGUGCUUGCAGAGACAGGUAAGGAGAUAUCAGCCACAGCCACUGAGCACGGAUGAUUCAGCCAGUUCACUUGUAUAAAGGGCCUUCAAAAAUACUUUCAAAUAGAAACAUUAUAGUUAGGAAUAGAACAAUUUUGUGGAUUCUUUUCUAUCUUGAUAAAUUUUUUUAUUUUAAUUAAUUUUAAUUAUUCUCUAAGAUUUUAGCUAAUUCGUUUUACUUUAUACACAUAAGCUUAUUUCUCUGAAUCCAGAGCUACCGGUGGUGUUUCUUUUACAAUAGUAGUGUUGCAAUAUUUACUUUUUCUGUGAGACACGUGUGUCCAUGAACAUCCACUAGAGAGUUUAGCAUUGCAGUUGGAAUGAGGCUGUUAUACGUAUGCGCCGCUUCCAUCUAAAAUAUAUUUAUAAUUUUAUAAAAACUAAUUAUCUAAUGUUAUUUAUUUUUUAAACAUUGUCCUCAUUUGUGGAGGAUUGGAGAUAUUUAUAUGUGAUAGGCUGCUUGCUUUCUACAAACGUUUGAAAGAGAGACCAUCGUGCCAAAAUGUGGCAAUGCUUUCAGAGUUUCGCUGUCAUUUUCUGCUUGGACACACAUUAAGAUUUUUGUUCUGCAUUCGUAGUGAGUUAAAUGUAAACAUUGAUUUAACUAUAUGGUUUCGUAAAUGUGUAAACCUGAAUAAUUGUUUUUAAUAAAUCAAAUCUUU